UCACCAUCCGAUACGAUCCAGGUAUGCGGUCCUGCCGUGCUUUCAGCGCUCCCCAUCGCGCCAGAGGCAGUGACGCGGCUCGCUCACGCCAAGCUGCACGCAUUUCGAUUCGAUCAGGUGCCGGAGGGAUGGCGGCGAGCCUACGUCGAGGGACUGCUCUGGGAGGUCAAAAAGCUCGUUGGUAACGCUAUUAAAAAUGGAGAGAGCGGUGCGGAGGUGGAGGGGUGGUUGAACGAAAUAAUCACAAAGUUGGAUCGCGGUAGGAUCAUUGCUGGCGCAUGUGGACGGGAAGAGCUGGUGAGGGGGGUGAUGGAGAGGCUCGAGGCAUCAUUUGCAAUGGACGGUGCUCGAUCGAACGAGCCUUCAGAUCAUGCUGCAAAGCGACGGAAGCUGACAUCUCCAUCAUCAUCCCUUCAGCCGCUCAAUUCAUCACCGAACCCCCCCCUCUCCUUUUCACCCACCCAAAUUCCCGGUCCACCCAUCCACAAACCCAUCCCCCACAGCAUCGACAUGGACUUCAUGUCCUUCCAAAGCCACCUCGACCGCCAUGGCAGCCCGCUCAUCAUCUCCAACCACAUCUCGCACUGGCCUGCCUUCUCCGAUCCUAACAGGCGGUGGGGCGACCCCAGAUACUGGUGGAAGCGGACCAUUGGGGGACGGAGGUUGGUCCCGGUGGAGAUCGGGAAGAGCUAUACUGAAGAGGGGUGGGGUCAGAAGUUGGUGCCGUUCGGCGAGUUUAUGGGCCGGCUGAUGGGGGAAGCGGGCAUGCAGGGAGUCGGAGAAGAUGAAGCACAAGUCUGGUACCUCGCGCAGCAUGAUCUUCUCAACCAGAUACCGGCACUCAGGAACGACAUUGCCGUCCCCGACUUCUGCUACUGUACGCCUCCAUCUCCACCGCAUUAUAGGCAAGAGCCGCCAUCGGAUCCGAUGCUUAAUAUGUGGCUUGGACCGGCCAACACCAUCUCCCCGCUUCAUACGGACCCGCACCACAACAUCUUGUGCCAGGUGGUUGGGAGCAAGUACGUUCGACUGUACUCCCCGGGACAUUCUCAAGCCCUAUACCCUCGAGGACUGGGCGAGGACGGGGUGAAUAUGGACAAUACGAGCCGUGUGGAUCUCGAUGAGUUCAUCGAGCUGUUCGAAAGGCAGAACGAAGACACAGCCGAUGAAGCGCGGCGAGAGUUUCGGGGGAAAUACCCUGGAUUCCCCGGGACGCCGUACGUCGAGGGCAUUAUAGAAGAAGGGGAUUGCCUGUAUAUUCCACAGGGGUGGUGGCAUUAUGUCCAAAGUCUCAGCGUCAGUGCGAGCGUGAGCUUCUGGUGGGACUGA